AUGACAGGAGCCUAUCCGAUAAGCGAGCGGAUUGAGCCCGGCUCGGUGAAUCUUCCGCCUCGCGCGUAUCCCCCCUCAGUCCGCUCGACAUCUGUUGAUGCGGGGAAAGCCGCGGCAGAUGUCAUCGACGCCUUCAACGCCGCGUUGAGGUCCAGGAACUACAAGGACCUCGCACAACUGUUCCUCUCCGACGGCUACUGGAGGGACCACCUGGCCCUCUCGUGGGACCUGCGCACCCUGAAAGGUAGAGACAACAUCCAAAGCUUUCUCGACCGGGCGUGCCGCCUAAAGGCAGUUGUCAUCGACACCUCGACGGCCUACCGGGCACCUCACCUCGCCCCGGUGGACGCCCAUGGACAAGUGCAGUGUCUCCAGUUCUUCGUCAAGGCCGACACCGAAGUCGGGCCCGCAGAGGGUGUGGUGCGGCUGACCCAGUCAGGGGACAAAUGGGAGAUCUUCACCUUCUACACUGUCCUUCGUGGACUGAAGGGCCACGAAGAACCGUUGCGCCACCGGAGGGAGAAGGGAGUCGAGCAUGUGCGCCAGCGGGAGAGCAAGAACUGGAAGGACAAGCGGGAAGAUAGCAUCAACUACGUGGAUAGCGAGCCUGCGGUCGUGAUCGUCGGCGCCGGCCAAGCCGGCCUCACGGUCGCCGCGCGGUUGAAGAUGCUCAACAUCAACGCGCUCGUGGUCGACAAGAACGGCAGGGUGGGCGACAGCUGGCGCAAGCGGUACUACCAGCUCGUGCUGCACGACCCCGUGUGGUACGAUCACCUACCGUACAUCAGCUUCCCGGACUUCUGGCCCGUCUUCACGCCCAAGGACAAGAUGGCCGACUUCUUCGAGGCCUACGCCAACCUCCUCGAGCUCAACGUGUGGAUGUCGACGACGCUCACCGGGUCGACCUGGGACGAGUCAAAGAGGCAGUGGACGGUGACGCUCGACCGGCAGAAGCCCGACGGGACCAAGGAGACGCGGACGCUGCAUCCCCGGCACGUCAUCCAGGCCACGGGGCAUUCCGGCAAGAUGUUCUUCCCCGACAUCAAAGGGAUGUCGGGGUUCAAGGGCGACCGCCUCUGCCACAGCUCCCAGUUUUCUGGCGCGCGGCCGGGGUCCAAGGGCAAGAGGGCCGUCGUCGUCGGGUCCUGCAACUCGGGGCACGACAUCGCGCAGGACUUUUACGAGAACGGGUACGACGUGACCAUGGUGCAGCGGAGCUCGACGUCCGUCGUGUCGUCCGACUCCAUCACGGAAAUCGGCCUCAAGGGCGUCUACGACGAGGACUCGCCGCCCGUCGACGACGCCGACCUCUGGCUCUGGAGCAUGCCCGCCGAGGUGUUCAAGGCGCUCCAGGUCGGCAUCACGGAGCUGCAGAACGCCAACGACGCCGAGCUGCUCCGCGGCCUACAGGAGGCCGGCUUCCGGCUCGACAUGGGGCCCAGCCGCGCCGGCUUCUUCGUCAAGUACUUCCAGCGCGGCGGCGGGUACUACAUCGACGUCGGCUGCAGCCAGCUCAUCAUCGACGGCGCCAUCAAGAUCAAGGGCGGCCAGGAGAUCGCCGAGGUGCUGCCCGGCGGCCUGCGGUUCGCCGACGGCUCGGAGCUCGAGGCCGACGAGAUCGUCUUCGCGACGGGGUACCAGAACAUGCGGACGGAGGCGCGCAACAUCUUUGGCGACGCGGUCGCCGACCGGAUCGGCGACGUCUGGGGCUGGGACGGGGAGGGCGAGUUCAGGGCCAUGUGGCGCGACUCUGGUCACCCGGGCUUCUGGUUCAUGGGAGGAAACCUCGCGCUGUGUCGGUAUUUUUCCAAGAUUCUGGCGUUGCAGAUCAAGGCGAGGGAGGAGGGGAUCGAUCAGGGGGGCAGCUGA